UUGUAAAGUCAGACGACUAGUGUUUGUACUUUUGUAUUGAUGCGGAAAAUCAAGCUGGGGCAAAAACAACUCCUCCAUCAUGUGUACUCUCUCAUCUAUGUUCUGACAGAAACAUCUCUUUCCCAGGAGAACAAGACAAUGCCUACUGCCACUUGCCUCGUUCCCUGUUCUCCAUUUGCCCCAAGCGUACGAACAGAAAGACCAAAACAAUGUCUCGGAGCAAAAACCCGCAGUGAGAAAUACAAUUACAAUACAUUUGAGAACCCCAGAAUGCCGCCCCGUAAACGCCUUAAAAGCCAAAAGCAAGGUUUGAACCGGCCGAUUGCCGAGCCAGGUAUAAUAUGCAUAGAAUGCUUGGGGAAGGGGGAGAGAGAGAAUGCGCCCCAAGGGACCCGUUCAUCAUCAUCGUCAUCAUCGCCGUGUCAUGGACAUCAUGCCGGUCAAAGCCGGCUUCCACCCGUAAACACCAUCCCAGUUUGCCGCAAUCUCCGAGGUUACCAGAACCCAACGCCAAUUCAUGCAGAACAACAUGGACCGGUCGUGAUCAUUAUCAUCAUAAGUGGUUAGUAAGUAGUCGGUCUGAGUCCCGUGGUCCAAAAGAGAGAC